CUCGCUGACGUCGGCGGCACAUCGGGCUCCCUCCAUCGCGGCAGUGAAUUCCGCCCUGGCUCGCUCAGUGUGGCGGCGUAGGCUCUAGCGCGAGGUGGACACUCGCUCUCUUGUACUGCAGCUGUGUGGAUUGUGUGGUCCGUGUGUACUGGAGGCCGUUGUGCACUGUGGAGUCUGGACUGUAGACUCCGUGGACUAUAGACUCACUCCUGCGGUGGGUACGGUCGGCUCCGUAGAUUGUAGCCCUUUGUGUAGUGGAGCCUGUGUGUGUGUGGACCUUAGACUGUGUGUAGUCUACAGCAGCAGCAGCGAGGACUGUGUAGCUGUGUGCGGAUUGCGGGGCUCAACCAUGGAGGUGGCUCAGCUUUGGGACUGCCAGGCGUGGAAAGCCGACGGGCUUCCGCUCGCCACGACGAGCAACGAGGCGUGCAAGUUGUAUGACGCGGCCCUCCAGCAGUACAUGGGCUGGUUCAACGACGCCUCGCUGGGCGGUCUCGAGGGGACGAUGUCCAGGCUCGUGUUCGCCGACCCGGACUUCGUGAUGGGAGGGGUUCUGGUGAGCGGCCUGGAGCUGAUGGGAACGGGGAAGGCGCUCGCCGACCCGGGGCUGCGCGGGAACCUGGAGCGGCUGGCGUCGCUGGUGGCGCGGCAGGCUGGCGACAAGCUCAGCGAGAGGGAGCGGGAGCACGCGCGCGCCAUCCAGCUGUUCGGAGACGGGCGCAUGUGGGAGGCGUGCCUGGCGUGGGAGCGCAUCCUGCACGCUCACCCCAAGGACCUGCUUGCCCUCAAGUUCACGCACGACGCGUACUUCUACUUGGGCAAACGCGAGCAGAUGAUGGACUCCAUCAGCCGCGUGCUGCCCUCCAACGUCGGCUCGCGGCACUACGGACAUCUGCUGGCAAUGCACGCGUUUGGGUUGGAGGAAAACAAUCUGUUUGAUCUGGCAGAGAAGGCGGCCAAACAGGCCCUGCAGAUGAACGAGCGCGACGGUUGGGCCACGCACGCCUUGGCUCACGUCUACGAGAUGACAGCCGCACCUGCCAAGGGGAGAGCGCUGAUGUCUCAGACCGAAAACAAUUGGGAGGUGUGCGACAUGCUGGCUUGCCACAACUACUGGCACUGGGCCCUCUACUGCCUGGAAAAGGGGGAAUAUGAAGAAUCCCUGGCAAUUUACGACACCAAGGUGUACCCCCGGCUCAAGGAAUCUGCCGGAAUGCUGGACGUGGUGGACGCCUGCUCGAUGCUCUACCGCCUCGCACUAGAGGGCGUCGCCGUCGGAGAGCGCUGGAAGGAGCUCGCGAGCGCCACCCGCUCCCACGUGGGGGACCACACCCUGGUCUUCAACGACCUCCACCUGCUCAUGUCCACCCUGGGAGCGCAGGAGGUGUCGCUCACGAAACAGCUGACGUCCGCCAUGGAGGAGCGGAGGGGCGACGUGCGCGACCAGGACCGCGUCGCCAGGCGCGUGGGGGUGGACCUGUGCCGUGCCCACGUGGCGUUUGACGCGGGGAAUUACGGUGAAUGCGUCGAGCUCCUUCAGCAAGUGCGCUACGACAUCCCCUGCAUGGGGGGUAGCAACGCGCAGAGGGACGUCUUCAAUUUGCUGCUGAUUCACUCGGCCAUUCUCUCUCCGGACCCGGAGCACAAACGGCUGGCAAGGAGUCUCCUGGCGGAGAGGGACGCCGUGAAGCCGGGAUCGUGCAUGACGCAGCGGCUGCUUCGGGCCGCGCAUUCCCCCUGAUCAACGACGACUCAAAGGGUGCACGGCGCUGACGCCGUUCGUGGACCCCUUCCCCGGCGCCACCCUCGUACGAGACGCUCUUUCCUGCUUCACGCGCACGCACAACACUUGACGCGGAAUUUCCACGCGGCAGCACUCGCAGAUUGGCGCAGACCCCCCCCCCCCCAUUCCCCAAGUGAGACGAUAAGAACGACCGAUCCAAGUUUUUCCCAUAGCUCUCUCCAACACUCAAGGCUCCGCUGACACACGAUGUACAUUUAUCACACCACUUCCAAGACGCCUUGAGCGGCCCCGUAUUCUUAGCCACAGCUCGGCUCGGGCUUUGCUCUGGCUCCAGUGCGCCGGCACGAAGCCAUGAUCCCAGCCACGGUCUGGAUUUUCCAUGAGCCCGAGCCGAGCCACUCCUGCGUCUUUGGAAGCAACCGAGGGGCUCGAGACUGAACUGAGCUGAGCUGCGUCUGAGGCCCAACCAGAGGUGGAGCCGUGGCUAAGAACACGGCCCAUGUGACUUUUGUGAUAUCUUCUGCGUUUCUAAAGUGGUCUGAUCUGUUAGGUGGAACGUUCCUCUCGCCUACGUUUAAAAUCCGAUGCCACCCUCCCCGCCCGAACAAACCCAUGAUGCAACAUCCGUCAUGGAGAUGAGAUGGGUGGCAGUGGCACUACCCAAGACGGUGAUUGCACGGCAUGCACCAGAGAAACCAAACUGGUGGCCGGUCGGGAGGAGUUGAGAUUUUGUGCUCCCAUCUAAUACAAGGGUUUUCGCGGCGGCUUGUAAUCCGAGCUGCGCUUUGAGCGUCUCUUCCCGCAAGCUUUUGCCACGCGCUACUUCGGGCGUCAUGGCUCCUGCAGGUGUAUGCAGUGGCGAGUGGCGGCAGCUUGAGCGAAGUUGGAAUUCUCAACCCUGGCAAAACCACUCUGGGAUAACGAGCGGCUGCCAAAACUUACAAAAAAAGUCACUUGGGUUUUUGUGGUCGCGUUUGAGGCUUACGGAACCAAACGAAAGCACUUAUGAAAAGCGUACGAAUAUACGUUAUCACAGAGCAAAUAUAAAUGAUUCGCAUCAUGAUUUUUCUCGCUCUAAUUUUGCAAUAAUAUAUUUUUGAAAGUGUUUUUAACAUAUAAUGUACUUAACAUCUGAAGCAAUUUUACAUAAAAGGAAAUCAAAUAAAAAAAUGUGCGUGAUUUAUGUCACCUCUACUCAACUGUUA